GGCUGAUGAUAUGGGCCCAAGUUGAGUUAGUCUUAGACAUCCUCAGCAUAUACCUUGUGGGAGGUGAUACUGCAGGAAGAUCUGAGUUGCCAUCUAAUGUAACUCUUUUCACUUGUACCCACAGACCCAACCCUAUAGAAAAAUGACUAAUGGAAAUAGUUCUUUUGUGACCAAAUUCAUUCUGAUGGGAUUAACAGACCAACCAGAUCUCCAACUCCCUUUGUUCUUCCUGUUUCUAGUAAUGUAUAUGGUCACUGUGUUGGCAAACUUGGGCUUGAUUACUCUGACUGGGCUGAUUUCUCACCUUCACACCCCCAUGUACUUUUUCCUCUUUAACUUGUCCUUCAUAGACCUCUGUUAUUCUUCUGUGUUUACACCAAAAAUGUUAAUGAGCUUCAUAUCAAAGAAGAAUAUUAUCUCCUACAAGGGGUGCAUGACCCAGCUCUACUUUUUCCUUUUUUUUAUCAUUUCUGAAUGCUUUGUGUUGACAUCAAUGGCCUAUGAUCGCUAUGUGGCCAUCUGUAAUCCACUUUUGUAUAACAUUACCAUGUCCCCUAAAGUGUGUUUAAACCUUAUUUUUGGUUCAUACUUGUUAGCCUUUUCUGGCGCUAUGGCUCACACUGGAUGCAUACUGAGACUGACCUUCUGCGAUGCCAACACCAUCAACCAUUUCUUUUGUGACCUUCUCCCUCUGCUCCAGCUGUCCUGCACCAGCACCUAUAUCAAUGAGCUGGUGGUUUUUAUUGUGGCAGGCAUCAGCAUUAUUUUGCCCAGUCUUACCAUCUUUAUCUCUUAUGCUUUCAUUCUCUCCAGCAUCCUCCGCAUCAGUUGCACUGAGGGCAGGUCCAAAGCCUUCAGUACCUGCAGUUCCCAUGUAAUUGCUGUUUCUCUGUUCUUUGGGUCAGGUGCAUUCAUGUAUCUCCAACCAUCUUCUGCAGGGUCUAUGGGUGAAGGAAAAAUCUCUUCUGUGUUUUACACCAAUGUGGUUCCCAUGAUGAAUCCCUUAAUCUACUGCUUGAGAAACAAAGAUGUUAAACUUGCCCUGAGGAAAACGUUGAGUAGGAGAAAGUUUUGA